AUGCACUUCAGUGGUACAAUAGGACCGUGCCUGGCAGACAAUCUUGGUAGUCAUUCUUGGGGAGGUUUUAUGGAAAGUUUCAGUGCGUAUAGAAAAUGCAGGUUUUGCAUGGGAACUCCAGAGGAUAUACAACAAAAGGUACAAAUUAUAACUUGUAAUAGUUCAUGUCUUUGAUUGAACGCAUGGAUCUUUAUCUCAAAUCAUUUGUAGAAUCUGCAAUGGUGUCUUACUUAUUUUGUAGUUUACUGAGGAGGAAUUUGUACUAAGAAGCCGAAUUGGACAUGACCAUCAUCUGGACCAAAUUGAGGCAGAUCCUUCCUGUACGUCAGUUUAUGGAGUAAAAAGAAAGUCACCAUUAAAUAAAAGUAAAUAUUUUCACGUUGUGGAUGGACUUCCUUCUGACAUCAUGCAUGACCUGUUGGAGGGUGUAAUACCACGGCACUUGAAGUUACUUCUUCGGUUCUUCAUUAUGGAGAGUAAUUUUUUCACUCUUGAAAUGCUGAAUGAGAAGAUUAAGACAUUUGAUUAUGGCAGUGUAGAAACAUCCAACAGACCUUCAACUAUAACCAACUUAACUUUAAGUUCAAAUGAUGACAACCUCAAACAAUCAGGUCAGUCAACACCAGUCUACUGUAUGGUUAAAUAA